CUGAAUGCCUCUUCAACCGCGCAUGGACGACCACCUCAGCCUCCUGCAAUCACCCCCGCCGAGCGCAUCCAAAACCCGGGGCGACAAUCUGGUGAACCACGGAUACACCGAGACAGAGGCAGACGUGAUGACGGUUGUGGCGUGUGACAACAUGCUAGAGGAGUCGGCGGCUCUCCCGGGCCACCACUCUUUGGACCGAUAUGAACCGGAUCACGAAUGCUGCGAGAGGGUCGUCAUCAACAUCUCAGGGUUACGGUUCGAGACGCAGCUCAAGACUCUCUCCCAGUUUCCAGAGACGCUGCUAGGGGACCCCAAGAAGAGGAUGAGGUACUUUGAUCCUCUCAGGAACGAGUACUUUUUCGAUCGGAACCGACCCAGCUUUGAUGCCAUUCUGUACUACUACCAGUCUGGCGGGCGCAUCAGAAGACCCGUUAACGUGCCCAUUGACAUUUUUUCUGAGGAAAUCCGGUUCUAUGAGCUGGGCGAGGAGGCUAUGGAGAAGUUCAGGGAGGAUGAGGGCUUCAUAAAAGAGGAGGAGCGGCCCUUGCCCGAGAAUGAAUUUCAAAGACAGGUGUGGCUCCUUUUUGAAUACCCAGAGAGUUCGGGUCCCGCACGGGGCAUUGCGAUUGUAUCUGUCCUAGUCAUCCUCAUCUCCAUUGUUAUCUUCUGCUUAGAGACAUUACCGGAGUUCAGGGAGGAGAACAGGGAUCCGAUCAUCAUUGAGCCUGUGAUAAAUGGCACACUCCCAUAUUUCAUCAGCCCCUUCUCAGACCCGUUCUUUGUGGUGGAGACGUUGUGUAUCAUCUGGUUCUCCUUCGAGCUGCUGGUGCGCUUCUUUGCAUGCCCGAGUAAAGCCACGUUCUCCAAAAACAUUAUGAACAUUAUUGACAUCGUGGCCAUCAUUCCAUACUUCAUCACCCUGGGCACAGAGCUGGCAGAGAGACAAGGAAACGGACAGCAGGCCAUGUCAUUAGCCAUUCUGCGCGUAAUUAGGCUUGUUCGGGUAUUUCGCAUCUUCAAACUCUCGCGUCACUCCAAGGGGCUUCAGAUUUUAGGACAGACUCUGAAGGCCAGUAUGCGUGAGCUGGGCCUGCUUAUCUUCUUCUUGUUCAUCGGUGUCAUCCUCUUCUCCAGUGCUGUCUACUUUGCUGAGGCGGACGACCCAGACUCGGGUUUCAGCAGCAUCCCGGACGCAUUCUGGUGGGCUGUCGUCACCAUGACCACCGUGGGCUAUGGGGACAUGCAUCCAGUGACAAUCGGAGGAAAGAUUGUGGGGUCUCUGUGCGCCAUCGCUGGCGUGCUGACCAUUGCCCUGCCUGUACCUGUCAUCGUCUCCAAUUUCAACUACUUCUAUCACAGAGAGACGGAGGGCGAGGAGCAGGCACAGUACCUGCACGUGGGCAGCUGUCAGCCUCUGGCUGACACGGAGGAGCUAAGGAAGACUCGCUCCUCUUCCUCACUCAGCAAGAGCGAGUAUAUGGUGAUAGAGGAGCACGGGAUCAACAGCGCGUUCAAACAGCAGCCCAACUUCCCCACCACAACGCAAAACAACUCGCAGAAUUGUGUGAAUAUAAACAAAAAGAUUUUCACCGACGUGUAGCCAAUUUUAGACUCGUGGCUCUGAACACAGGAGGGGGUGGUGUGUCAACAAACAGCUGGUUCUGUCGUUGCGCACCAGCGUGUGGAAGUAGCGGCAGAUCAGAUGAAGAAAGCAAGGACUACAGAGAGAGCUUAAGAAAGAGCAAACCCUGUCUGUUCAGAGACGCUGCUUUGUGCUCCAUCCAAAGAAUCAGGAUUUUUCAUUUCAGCAAUCUGAAUUCAUAGCCUAAUUCUGUAUGGUUCCAUUCGCGCUUGGAGAGAAAGAGCUCCUUAAGCUAAUUAGUCUAAUAUUCUUCUCAGAGUGAGGGGAUUGCCCUGUUGUGCAUUGUGCAAUAGCCAAUAUAUUAUCACAACAGGUAGUGAUAGAAGCUUUAUAACUGUGAAAGAUGAGUACAAAAUGUAUGCUACUUGAAGGACACUCAUUGUAUUAACAUGCGUUAUGAGUCGUGAUUCGUCAGUCAUAGCCUCUUUAUAAUAAUCCGAAUCAUUUAAAUAUGUGUGUGUGUUUAAACACAUGUAAUGUCUGAAGAACACAGUUCUGCAUAUAUUAUUCAAUUAGACCGUUCUGUGCUAUGCCUUUAUUGUGCGUUACAGUCUAGUCCAAAUGCUACCGUCUUUAAAAACAAUCCUUUAUAAAACCUUCCUGGUAGGCUAUUUAAUGCGUAAGCGACACCAUAUAAACACAGGUGCCAGUCGACUGUCAAGACACACGUGAGAGAGGAAAACACAGUGCUCUUUCACGCACAAACAAACGCAGCGAUCAAAGAUGGAGCGUGCUUCUCUUUGGAUGCCUCAAAUAUAGCCCGCUGUGAUGCAGUCUCCAUGGUGACGGUCGUUUCCUCGGUAACCCCGGUCACCGUUGCCAUGGCACCCUUGUUUCCACAGUAACCUCCCAGAUGGCUUGGGAGCUAUUUUGAAGAAUCUCUUCUAAAAAGCCCGUCUUCAGUCUCCAAUAAGACUGUUUUGUCAUCACGCUUUUGCGUGCGCACAAUACAUGCCCAAACAUGCCCAGAGCCACUAGCGCAAAUCAGCAAGUUCACAUAGUGACUUUAACAUUAAAACAAAUUAGAGUAAGAAGGUCUGUUUAAAAAUUGCCACUAUGGACUGCCCCUCCACCCCCAAAAUGAACCAGACAAUAUAUGAUAAGCCGGGAGAAGCUGAAGGAGAGGGAGCGUGUGAGGAAUUAUGAAUGGACUGGGAGCACAUUGUGUCUGGCUGUCUGGAAUGCGCUACUGCGGGUGCUCAGCAGAGGCUGCUGUUCUCCCACUGAUACAAUUGGUGAAAGUAGUUCCAUUUUUCUGCCCAGCCCUCCUGGAACCCCUGACGACCUCAAUUAGACUGUCUCCAAUUUAGGGACGCAAUGACUUUGGUCUUCCUGUUGGGCCUGAUGGGCCAAAGUUAAGAGUCAAGACAGACCUCACACUGGAUACAUUUUUCUUCCCCUGCCGUCCUUCCCCUGAAUGCUGUCCUCAAAUUUGGAUUUCUAACAAGCCCUGCCCAGCAGUUCUUCCCCUCCAGUGGAUCACCACUCGAUACAAAAUGCAAAAAAAUGCAAAUGCUUUAAUGAAAACAAAAACAGAAGAAUAAUAUAUUCCACGUACAGUUUUGUAGCUGCGGUUUUAUGACUGCUUCUUUAAUGCACUGUGAGUGGAACCAUCACAGGAUCAAAAGUAAUUCAGGCAGUGACAGAAUUCAGCUGGAACCAUGUUAUGGACAUUUCUCCAUACUGCUUUCUAUAUAAAAAAUCAAAAGGAAUUCAGGAAACAGCCAGCAAUUUUGCAAAGCACAUUUCAUUCCUGUACUUCUACAGAUUUCUACAUUCUGUAUUCAUGUUUCUGGUUAAUGAUAUUCAUUAUGGACAAUAACCGACAAACAGCUUUAGCUUCAAGUCAAACGUGGCAAAAACUGAGGCCAUCCGUGAUUUGCUGAUAUGAAACUGUGAUACAAAUCAAAGACUGUUAGCCAUAUGCCUUUCUUAGCUCUGUGUGCUCUGUAUUGCUAGUAUAUGAAACACACACAUAUGUACGCUGCUUGCAGCUAUUCCCCCUGACCUACACAUGGAGAACACUACAAAGGCAUGCACAUACACAUGAACAUAGACACAAACAUGCACACACGAAUGCGCGUGCCUGUGAAUGGCUCCCUUUUAUCCCAGAGUGCACUGGUGUUUUUUUUGGGAUAGGGCAGAAUAUUGUCAGGGGGAAAGCUGUAUAUCCCAGUAUUUGUUCUGUGUUAGUCUGUGCUGUCUUUAACAUGACCCAUAUAAAGAGAUUA